AUGAAAUAUAUUCUAAUUUUAUUUUAUCUUUUUUAUACAAUAAAUGCUCGAAAUACUCGACCACCACGUGUAUGUCGAAAUUGUACUGGAAGACUUCAUACACAUGAAGAUUUAGAAUUAGCUAAACGACCAUUGAUUAUAAAUAAAGAUCAUAUAUGUUUAAAUGAAAAACAUGAAUUUUUUAUUAUUAUUAAAUCAGGUAGUUAUCAACGACGAAAUUUUACACGUUUAACAUGGGCUAAAGAAGUAAUGGAACAUUUUAAUAUACCUGUUUUAUAUGCAAUUGGUUAUCCAAAAAAUUCAUCGUUACAAAAACAGAUACUUUUAGAAGAUGAAAUUUUUCAUGAUUUAUUACAAUUUGAUUUUCAAGAAAGUUAUUUUAAUUUAACAAUAAAAACAACAAGUGUUUUUAUUUGGUAUGAUAAAUAUUGUUCGAAAAAUAGUAAAUAUCUUUUUUAUGUUGAUGAUGAUUUACUUAUUCAUGUUGAUAAAUUAAUUUUAUAUAUAAUGAAAAUUAAUUUUACGGAUACAAUUGAAGGAUGGUGGGAAAAAUCAGGUAAAAUUCUACGUACAGGUAUUGGUGGUGUAACAAAAGAAGAUUUUCCUAUUGAUAUUGUACCAGAUUAUCUAUGGGGCGCUGCUGUUUUAUAUCCAUCGAAUGUUAUAUCGAAUAUUUUAUUAAAAUUUAUAUAUAAUACAACAUUACCAAUAUUUUUUCGUGAUGAUGUUUUUAUUAAUGGAUUUAUAGCUGAUGAAGCUAAAAUUAAACGUCAACAAAUGAAUGGACUUUUAUUAUAUGAUCCAUAUAAAGAUCUUUUAAAAGAUAAUAUGAUUGUAAUUGAUUUUAAAACUGAAAAAGAUCGUCAACGAGCAUGGAAUUGUUAUAAGCAUAAUACUCAAUGUAAUGAAAAUUUAUUAUUAUUUUUAUUUCAAAUAGUACUUGGAAUGGGUUUAUCUAUAACAUUGAUGAAUUAUUGUUGUAAAUGGUUUAAAACAACGAUAGUUUAUCAAUAUUUAAAAUAUGGAUUUGAUAUGUGGUGUUAUGAAGUAAAACCUAUUUAUAAUGAAUAUGCAAACCUAUUAUCUAUGAUAACUCGAAAAUAUUGUCCGACAGUUAGAUAUCGAAAAAUGAAAAUACUUAUUUAUUGGUUGAUAUAUUCAAGAAGAAUGUAUGUACGAAUAAUUUUUAUUAUUGUUAUUAUGUUAGUUUUUUAUCAUUUUAUUCUAAAUAAAUAA